AUGCGUAUUUUGGGGGACAUUGAGCGGGUGAAGGUCUACACUCUGCAGGAGCUCGAGAAGAAGGAGAAGCUGGAAAUGGUCCUUGCGAGUGAGUUUGACAUUUUCGCGAUCACGGGCCUAGACCCGAAUGACCGAGAAUUUCACCGGACUUGCAUCCGGGAGGUCAUUAGAAAAAACACGUCCGUUUACAACCACAAAUGUACGUGUCCGAUCCAGAAGUUUAAGCAGGUCAGAUACGUCUCGGCUAAAGACCUGAUUACAUAUUUGAACGGAAAGUGUAACUUAGACGCUUUUCAGGUAGGCUUUAUUAUGCCGAAGAAUACGGCGAUAGGGAAAGACUUCAGCGAGCUGCUGCUUCUGAUUCGGCAAAUGAUGAUUUCCCGGAAGGAAAGUGUGUCGAUCACUUUCGAGUUCUUUACGGUUUGGAUGGGCUUAAACAUCAGCACAAUCAUUCUCUUGUACAUGGAGAGGUACAUUGUUCAGAGCGUAUUCGGCAAAAUGUAG